AUGGGCCGCUGGCGGACGCAGCGAGCAUGCGCGAGCGUGCCGAGCCUGCGCAGAGGCGCGCGCGGCUGCCCGGAGCUGCUCCGGCCGUCGGCGAGCGACGCGGACGUCUCUGCGGCUGCUGUGGGAGCGACAGGAAGUGAGGCGGCUCCGCCGGGCGACCGCAGCGGCCGAGGGCGAGGCGGAAGGGGCGCUGCGGCGGCGACGUCGGCGGCGGCGGCGGGGGUGGAGGUCGAGCGAGCGGAGCGGCGGGGCGAGCUGCCGGCUCGGAAGCCGGAUCCCGAGCCGGGCGGGAUGGAUCAUCACCAGCUGGCGACUGGCCGCUACCAGGUGCUGCACAAUGAAGAAGAUAAUUCAGAAGCAUCGGUGGUAGAACAGCCAUCUGCUUCCAGUUCAACAGCACAGGACAUGCAGACAGCUGCCUCGGCACCAGCACCUGAAACGGACUCUUCUCCUCCACCUUACAGUAGUAUUACUGUGGAAGUCCCUACAACUUCUGACACAGAUGUUUACAGUGAGUAUUACCCUGUGCCACCUCCCUACAGUGUUGCUACCUCCCUUCCUACGUAUGACGAAGCUGAGAAGGCCAAGGCUGCCGCAAUGGCAGCGGCUGCAGCAGAAGCAUCUCAGAGAAUUCAGGAGGAGGAGUGCCCACCGAGAGAUGACUUCAGCGACGCAGACCAGCUCCGAGUGGGGAAUGACGGCAUCUUCAUGCUGGCGUUUUUCAUGGCGUUUAUUUUCAACUGGCUUGGAUUUUGUUUAUCCUUCUGCAUCACCAACACCAUAGCUGGGAGGUACGGCGCUAUCUGUGGAUUUGGCCUUUCCUUGAUUAAAUGGAUCCUCAUUGUCAGGUUUUCUGAUUAUUUUACUGGAUAUUUCAAUGGACAGUAUUGGCUUUGGUGGAUAUUCCUUGUACUUGGCCUGCUGCUUUUCUUCAGAGGAUUUGUUAAUUAUCUGAAAGUCAGAAACAUGUCUGAAAGUAUGGCAGCUGCUCAAAGAACAAGAUAUUUCUUCCUAUUAUAGAGACUGCAUCAAUCCAACAUUCCUUUCUUAUGCCAAUGUGAAAUUUCAAGAUCAUCUGUAAACCUACAACUUUCAUAGGAUAGAAGACUACUAAAAGCAGAAGACAAAUUAGUGAAGAUAGAGCGUCAUAAUUGAAUGGCAGGUGGUUUAUAUUUAAAAGCCAUUUUGUUCACUUUAAAUAUUUAUAUUUCUUUUGCGCAUUUGCAUAUGUGCCCAUUAUAGAAGAUUACAUAUACUUGAAAGAAACCAUGAAGUUGUAGCAGUUAAGUCCAGUUACAUUUGGUGAAUCAGUGUUCUGAUGCAAUGGAAAGAGUCGAGUGAUUGACAGUCUUCCAGCACGUAAAUGCCACUGACUUCUGACCCGACGUUUAGGAUAAUAAAAAUGAAGUUGUUACCCAUGUCAUUUGCUUUAGUUUCUGGCCUUUAGAAGCAUCUAGUAACUCUACACAUGAGGCAUUCUUUGUUAUAUAUAAAGUUUACUGAAACCUGCAGUGCUGAUUAUUAGAAAGAAUUUGUCAGAUUUUUGAAUAUGAUAUUUGGGAAAACUUUCUGUAAAUAACCACUCAUAAAUUACAUUCUACCUUGUUUUCUUAGAAAUCGUAUCUAGAUAUCUUUUUAUUAAUUUUAAAUUAAGUAAGAACUAAAUAUGUCUAGAAACUUUGAGUACUAAAGAUAGAAUUUCUUUUAGGAAAAAUUUUAAGAGAAUGUGGAUUUACCAAAUGUCCUCUAUAAAACAGUUUUUAAGGGGAUUAGUAUUAGUUUUAGGAAUUUUCAAAUGAGAGGCUUCAUUUUUAGUAUUGCUUACCUUAGAGAUUCUUGCAGGAAGAGAUUGUACUAGAUGUUUUAUUUAUUUCUUUUAAGACAAUUUUAAAACUUAAUUUCCCAAGUAAGAUGUUCUCAUUUGCUUAUGUCUUUUAAAAAGCCAAUAAAAUUAUCUUUCAAUAU